ACAUUCAAGGUUUUCUGAGUGUUUUGAGCUCAAAAUUUCGAAAGUGCCAUCGAUCACGUAUUCAAACGAAGAAAAAACUUCCUUUUAGUUAAUCAAAUACAUUGCGAAUGUUACCUUUCUUAUGAAAAACAUAAUUUGGUUCACAUUUGUCACAGAAGAAUGAACGUAAGCCAGCAGCGGAACAGUUAAUAAACAACAAAACUUACUGAUAAUGGAUGAUCAAAAUAAUAUACCAUGAAAACCUGACUAGCCGAUAAGAAAAAAAAAUGUGUUCAAUAUAAGAGAAGAGAGUGGUGUUUCUCCCAGCCAGUCGAGUAUUAGACAGUAGAAUUUCGGUGCUGCUUUCGCAGUUGAUAUUCAGUAUAGGUACAAGUUCAAUCCAGCGUUGUUCGUUCGAUGUUAAAAUCGUCCGCGUCGAUCGCAGUCGGCAAACAAAAUUUGAAGAUCCAGUUCAACACAGUUUGAUAGUAGUGAAUAUAUUCUAUAUUUCAAAGUUACAGCUGGAACACAGUUUGAGAAGUUCAAUAUGGCGACCACGGUAGAAAUCAUGACCCAGCAAGGACCGGUCUUUGACUCCAACUGCAUGACGCUGACGCGAUUUGUCCUGCAGGAGCAGAAAAAGUACAAACAUGCAACCGGCGAUCUAUCCCAACUGUUGAACUGCAUUCAAACCGCUAUCAAGGCUAUCAGUUCGGCAGUGCGUAAGGCGGGAAUCGCAAAACUACAGGGAAUCUCUGGGGACACGAAUGUCCAAGGCGAACAGGUGAAGAAGCUGGAUGUGCUUUCGAAUGAGAUAUUUAUCAAUAUGCUGAAGUCAUCUUAUGCCACAUGUCUGUUGGUCUCGGAGGAAAAUGAUAAUAUUAUCGAGAUUGAAACCGAAAAGCAGGGCAAAUAUGUGGUUUCGUUUGAUCCUUUAGACGGUUCUAGUAACAUUGAUUGUCUCGUUUCGAUCGGUUCAAUUUUCGGAAUCACUAGGCGUCUCAACGAAAAGACAGAUCCUACAGUUGACGAUGCUCUACAGCCUGGUAGCAGCUUGGUUGCGGCAGGGUAUGCCCUUUAUGGCUCCGCAACAAUGGUUGUUCUGAGUUUGGGCGAAGGUGUCCACGGAUUUAUGUACGAUCCAUCCAUAGGAGAAUUUGUACUAACCGACUACAAUAUACGUAUUCCGGAGCGAGGCAAUAUCUACUCAAUCAACGAAGGCUAUUCUUCAACCUGGGAUCCAUCGGUGUAUAACUAUGUUCAGGACAAGAAAGACCCAACUAAAGGAAAACCAUAUGGAGCUCGAUAUGUUGGUAGCAUGGUUGCCGAUGUGCAUCGAACGAUUAAGUACGGUGGCAUUUUUAUCUAUCCUGCCACUGCGGCCGCUAAGAAUGGAAAACUUCGUCUUCUGUACGAGUGCAAUCCGAUGGCUUACAUUGUGACGAAAGCUGGCGGCAAAGCCAGCGCUGGUAAGGAUAAGGAAAUCCUUGAUGUUGUGCCGACUUCAAUCCACCAACGCUGCCCAAUCUACCUCGGUUCAAAGUUGGAUGUUGAGGAAGCUUUGAGUUAUAUUAAGUAAGGAUUCUUGCGAGUUUCGAUUCGUAUAAAUGCUGAUUAAUAAAUGAAAAAUGAAUAGUGAAUUCGA